AUGGCACAAGAACAACAAAUUCUUUUGUCCAGUUAUGAUAGACCCAGUCUGGCAACUAUCGCUAAGGCUAUCAUCAAGCCUGAGAUUAAGGGAAAUUUUGAGCUGAAAGAAAGAACAGUGCGGCAGGUGCAGAAUACGUGCCAGUAUAUGGGUAAGCCUUAUGAUGACCCACAUAAGCACUUGAUGCAAUUCGUGAAUUUGAGCGAGAAUUUUCAAUAUAGAGAUGUCCCCAACGAUUAUGUGAAGCUUUCUUUGUUUCCAUUCUCAUUAAUUGGUGAAGCGAGGGAUUGGUUGACAAAUCUUCCUGCUGGUUCUAUCACUUCUUGGGAGCUAUUAUCGAAUAAAUUCAUCGACAAAUUUUUCUCACCCAAGAAAACAAAGGAGCUGAGAGGAAAAAGUGCGAACUUCACUCAGAGAGACUCUGAAUCUCUACCACACGCGUGGGAAAUGUACAAGGGUGAUUUGCAGAAUUGUCCACAUGACAUGGAGCCGAAGGAGAUCAUUGGAAACUAUUUUGUAUUAGGGAUAAGGAAUGAAUCAAGGGCCUUAUUGAAUGAUUCAGCUCAGGGGCAGAUCCUAAACAAAACUUAUGAGGAGAUGGAAGCUCUCCUUGAGCUGAUGUUCGAAGGUGCUUAUGAUUAUGAAGAGACAAGUCGCGCAGAGGUGCCACGGAAAGUCGCUCGGGUUUUUCAACAAGAAGCAUGCGAGAGCUAUGGUGAGCCUCCUGCUUAUAUUAAUUGUCCUCAGAAUCCAGAAUCGGGUGCUCUUCCAAGUGAUAUUGAGAAGAAUUCGAGAGAUUUUAAAGCAAUCACCUUAAGGAAUGGCAGAGAACUUGAAGAACUGCCACCAAAGAACAACAAUAAGGUAGAUGCUGAACUCAUUCCUGCUCAAAGAACUAAAGCUGAAAAGAGUCCCGAGAAAGUCAUGCAACAGCCUGAUCGUGUGGUAACUAGACCACCUAUACCAUUUCCACAGGGCUUUCAGAAACAGAAAAUAAAUGCAGCAUGUAAGAAAUUUCUUGACAUAUUAAAGCAGGUGCACAUCAACAUUCCUUUGGUAGAGCUCUUCCAAGAAGUUUUGAAGUAUGCUAAGUAUGUCAAGGAUGUUGUUGCAAAUAAGAGGCGCUGGACAGAAUUCGAGACUGUGGCACUUACUGAGGAGUGCAGUUCUAGAGUGAGGAGCAAGAUUCCACCAAAGUUGAAAGAUUUGGGCAGUUUCACUAUUUCUAUCACUAUUAGUAAUAUCGAGUUAGCUGAUAGAUCUCUUGCAUAUCCCGUUGGUAUAAUUAAAGAUGUUCUCAUGAAAGUGGGCCUUUUUAUUCUACCAGUUGAUUUUAUUAUCCUUGAUUAUGAGGCAAAUAAGAAUGUCCCUCUCAUCAUGGGAAGAGGAUUCUUAGUGACUGUUGAUGCGUUUAUUCGAGUCAGAGAUGGGAAGAUGUGUAUGGCAGUUGAUGGACAAGAAGCUACUUCUGAUGUUUUCAAGGCUACAAGGCUUCCGUCGUAUUAUGAAUAA